GGCAAAUAUGGCGCAGCAAAAUAUUUGAGUACAUUUGAAGCGCAUUGUUGCGUAUUUGGCGCGCGUAUCUCGUGGAUUGUUUACAACACUGUUAACAAAGUUCAAGAAGUUGUGACUAUUUUUUUAAUUUGAAGCAUUUUCUGGGCUAAACUUUCAUUGAAGCAAUGAUUCAUUUGUCCAGAUUGAGAUGAAGAGUUAAGAAUUUGUGUGCAUACUUAUUCGAAAACUGUGCCCACCGAAGUGCCUGAGGCUGGUAGGUGGCGCCCCUGGCGGCGGACGGCGCAGUGAGCGGGGCCGCCGGCGGCCGCCGCUCAGUCCGUGAGGGAGCGGGGCCGCGCGCGCGCGACGAUCGCUACGCUGUGCUGCAGUGGGUCGACAGAAGCGUCACGGAGCGCCAGGCGGCCACCACGCUGAUCUCAGCGGCCCAGGCAGCGCCGCCGACCACGCACCCGCCCAUCACGGAUGAGAGCCUCACUCUCUGAGAUGCAGGGCUCUGGCACGCCGUCACCGCCGGAUCUGGGAGGCAGUGAGGAUGGAGACGACUUGAACCGGCCGAAAUUCGGCAUGGACAGCAACAUCACGCUGUGGCAGUUCCUGCUGGAGCUGCUGCUGUCGGACCAGUACACCCCCAUCAUCCAGUGGACCAGCCAGGAGGGAGAGUUCAAACUGGUCAACGCCGAGGAGGUCGCCAAGCUCUGGGGCAUCCGCAAGAACAAGCCGCAGAUGAACUACGACAAGCUCAGUCGCGCCCUGCGCUACUACUACGAUAAGAACAUCAUCAAGAAGGUCAUGGGACAGAAGUUUGUAUACAAGUUUGUCACCUUCCCGGAGCACAUGAAGCUCGAGAAGUCGGUGCCGUUCCACGUCAAAAUGGAGCAACUACAGAAGGUCGGCGGCCCGGGCGGCGGCGGCGGCGGGCCGGGCACUCCUCAGCCGCCCCCGCCCCCGCCGCAGCAGCCGCCGCCGCCUCAGCAGCCGCCGCAGCCGCAGCCGCCCUCGCUGCCCAAGAUGCCCACCGGUUUCAGUCCCUACCAGAGUGCCAUGCACAACAACCUCAUGCGGAAUCCGUCUAUGGAGUCGAUGUCGAUGUACCACCAAUUUCUGCGGCACCCGUACUCGAUGGGCGCGCUGCCACCUCGCCCGGACGUGUACAGAGACCUGCGCGGCUACCAGGACCUGCCUCCGGUGUCGUCUGCGCUGCCGCGGCUGCCCGUGCCGCCCUCAGAGACCAGCGGCGCGCCGCAGCAGCCGCCGCCGCCGCCCGCGCCGGCCACCUCCGUCUCCUCCGCGGCGUCUCUGCCGCCCCCGUCCGCCGCCGACGACAGCACGACCGACAGCGGCGGCAGCCGGUCCCCGUGCCAGCAGCCGAGGCCGUCCCCGGCCGCAGCGGCGCCCUCAGCCUCGUCCUCCAGCUCCGCGCCGCCGCCGCCGCCGCCGCGCGAGACGCGGGUGAAGAUCGAGCCGCCGGGCACGCCGGAGCGAGUGCGGCUGCCGCCCGUGCCGCCCAUCUGCAUCAAACAGGAGAUCGACCCGGACGAGCCGGCGCCGCCGCCGCCCGGAGAGUCGGCCGACGCGCUGGCGGCGCCCUACGAGCGCCGGCCGCUGGCGCUCGCCUCGCCCCGCUGCCGCUCGCCGCGCCGCUCGCCGAUGCCGCUCAAGACGCCCAAGUCUCCGCUGUCACUGCUGACACCCAAGUCGCCUCUGCGCUCACCAGCAGUCCCCAGCCGCAGCCCGGACUCUUGGCGCGCGCAAGACCAGCCGAUGAACCUCGAAAUGCCGAAGCGGGGUCAGAAGCCACGGCCGGCACACAAGCCGAGCAAACCCAAGCCGAGUCCACUGUCCAUCACCUCCAUGGACUCGAGUUCUCCUCUGUCCAGCCCGCACCCGUACUCAGCCAACUCGUUGAAUACGCCCGUGGUGAACCUGGCCUCGCCAUCCUACCUGCCCGUCGUGCCGACGCCUACGCCGUACGGGCCGUUCCACUUCUUCCCGUCGUUUUCACCGAUGGCGAACCUGAGCCCGCACUUCGGCGCCGGCCAGGGCUCCAUCUUCCAGUUCCCUCCGGUGCUGACCUCCACCAGCCACCUUCUGGUGCCCCGCUCUCCGUCGCUGCCGCUGCUCACGCCGCCGGAGCAGGUGGCACCGCUCAGCCUCGUGUCCCCCAGCAAGACAAUCUCCGUCAAGUUAUGAUAUCCGGAUUCGCCGCCGCCUCCGCCGCCGCCGGCGCCGGCUCGCAGCUCGUGACGCGAUGCUGGCGCCCCUGGCGGCCGCUCCGCGAACUGGUGGGAGGAGCAGUAGGGGUGCCGCUGCCGCCGGCGGCCGGGCGACGGCGUCUCCGUGCCAUUCAGCUGUGCUUGGUGUGUCGGUGUGUGCGACGCCGGCUCGGAGGCGGCGGGCCCGUCUCUGCCAGGGUGUGCUACCUCCGGCGCGCCGGCGCCGCGCUCCUUGUGGGACGGGCAUUACGUGCGCGCGCGGCGCACGUAUCUCAACUAGUUGUGGCCGGCAACGGCGCUCGUUCUCUGUGCGUCCGCGUCCGCGAGAGUGUGCAUGUGUGCUGCGGCCCGAGUGGGCUGCGAGUGAGUUGAAGUGCGGCCGCCGCGGCCGGGGUAUUUUGUAAACGGAGGUGGCUGCGCGCCGCGGUCGCUUCCCCGCUCAUCUCGACAUCAGUGCCUUGUAAAUAUUAUAUACACACACCAACGCAAAGUACCUGUGGGCGGCUCUUUCAGUUGCGGCGGCGCGAGCCUGCGGGCAGGACGGACGCGGGUUGUGGCCGACGUUGUGCGGGUUUCCACUGGGACGCUGCCUGCGGGGGGCGCCCGGACGACAGUUGAUGAGCUGUUUGGUAGGCGUAGACUCCGCCGAGGCAGGUCGGCUAGAUGCUUUGUUUGAUUCUGAAGCUGGUCUCAGCGUUUGACGUUUUGAAGCGUUUGACUGUCGGCGGCGCGACUGUUCGUUGUUGGUGAAAGCCGUCUUUCUCGUGCCGACCAGCGCCGGCCCGCAGAGGUCGGUCAGAGGCGCCGAGAGCGAGGUAGGCUGUUAACGCGCGCGCCACGCCAUUAAUGUUCGCAUUUACCGUAUGAGUGACGCGUGCGCCAGCGCGCUCUCUGGUUCUCCUUGUUCGAGCGCGCGCUCGAUGGUCUUUUCAGUGUUGUCUACCCGGCUGCUUUAAGUGUUUGUAUUUAAAUGAGUUUUAAUCGCUGUACUCGGCGUCCGUAUCUGUAAGCUUCUUCCCGACAUAAUACUUCCCGGCUGGCGUCGCGUGCUGAGGUGGACGGUCGUCUCCGUCUCCGUCUCCGUCUGCCGGGGCCGUCCGGGCGCCUGGCUGCAGCCACCGAACUGUGUGCGGGCCGCGCGCGGGCCCGUCCCGCCGACCCACUGUAUAUAGACUGUACGAGGCGUCCCAAAACGCCCCAUUAUUUUGGUAUUGAUCACUUGUGAUACAAGUAUUGUGCUGUUUGCGUGAAUACCAUGUGCCAACCGUUCAUCGUUAAAGGAGAAUAUACCGUUCGAACAUAA